UGGCUCCAUAAUCACUUGGAAAAGAUUAUUAUUAUUGAAAAAGACAUUACAGUGUGGAUUCGAUAUUGACACUCAAUGAUUACUUUAUCAAUAUACAAUAUUCUCAGAAAAUAUCUAAUCUUUUGACUAGUCACCACUUCAAAUCCAUUCUUCUUUCCUUAUGUUAAGACACACACAAAAGAAGAAGAAACGCAAAAAUAUCAUCAAGCAACCAUGGUAGAAAGAAUAAGCCAAGAAAAAGAAGAAGAAAACGAAAGAAGAAGCAUGAAGAAACUCCUUCUAAUACUAAACUCAAUCCUCUUAGCCAUAGGAACAUGCGGUGGCCCACUAGUAAUGCGUCUAUACUUCAUCCAUGGCGGCAACCGCGUCUGGCUCUCAAGCUUCCUCGAGACAUCUGCCUUCCCAAUAAUCCUCAUUCCGUUAACCAUCUCUCACAUCCACAACCGUUACAAUAACCCUAAUGGACCAAACACCUUUGUCUCAAUGAAAUCACCUUUGUUUUUCGCCUCCGCCGUCAUCGGAAUCCUCACCGGUCUCGACGACUACCUCUACGCCUGCGGCAUAAAGCGUCUCCCGGUGUCGACUUCUUCCUUAAUCCAAUCCUCGCACUUAGCUUUCACUGCCGUUUUCGCUUUUCUGGUUGUGAAGCAUAAGUUUACGGCGUAUUCUGUUAAUUCUAUUGUGUUGUUGACGCUUGGAAGUGUGGUUUUGGCUUUGAACUCUAAGGGUGGGGAUCGUCUUGUUGGGGAGUCGAGUAAGGAGUAUGUGAUUGGUUUUGUGAUGAUAUUGGCUUCGGCUGCUUUGUAUGGAUUUGUUUUGCCGUUGAUGGAGUUGGUUUAUAAAAAGAGUAAACAAGUUAUUAGUUAUUCUCUUGUUAUGGAGAUUCAGCUUGUUAUGUGCUUCUUUGCUACUUUGUUUUGUGUUGUUGGGAUGUUCAUAGACAAUGAUUUUAAGGUGAUUCCAAGAGAAGCAAGAGAGUUUAAGCUAGGGGAAACAAAGUACUAUGUUGUGUUAGUGUGGAGUGCUAUAAUGUGGCAGUUUUUCUUCUUAGGAGUGAUUGGAGUUAUUUUUUGCUCCUCGUCUUUAUUGUCUGGUGUUAUAAUUGCUGCGUUUCUUCCCAUAACUGAAGUUUUAGCUGUUAUUGUCUACAAAGAGAGUUUUCAAGCAGAGAAAGGGGUUGCUUUGGCGCUUUCUCUUUGGGGUUUUGUGUCUUACUUUUAUGAUGAGAUUAAAGAAGCAAGAAAAACGAAAAGUAGAGAAACGGAACUGCCUCAAAGUCAUCACUCCAUCGCAUGAUUGCAAGAAAUGUUGUUGUUGGUGUUUUUGAUUGGUUUUGCUAUCUAGUCUUACUUUUGAAUUGUCAAUAUUGUUGGCUAGAUUUGUCCCACACAAACUUCAUGAUAACCACAAAAUAGGUGAAGCCAUUUUGUCACUCAUGAAUAUUGUAGUACAUAAUCUAAGUAUAGGGGGAAAAUAGGUUUUAUACUAAUAUUAUGAAUAUUAAUUAAUCAAUAAUAUGUGAUGGAGAAAAAUAUGUUAUAACAA